AUGGUGAAAUCUGAAGAAAAAGAAAAAGAAGUUGGAUUGAAAAAAGGAACAUGGACAGAAGAAGAAGACGAAGUUCUAGCUGAUUACAUCCGCAAGCAUGGGGAGGAGUCCAGCUGGAACACGGUUGAGAACGAAUGUGGACUCAACCGGUGCGCUAAAUCAUGCAGGUUAAGGUGGGUAAACCAUUUAAGGCCCGAAUUGAAGAAAGGUCCGUUAACCGCCAAUGAAAUAGAGACGAUCGUUCGUCUUCAUGCUAGGAUCGGAAAUAAAUGGUCCCGCAUAGCAGAAAAGGUUCCUGGAAGAACAGAUAACCAGAUUAAGAACUUUUGGAACACUCGAAUCAAAAGUUAUGAGCAUCAUGGCCUACCACUUUAUCCGCCUGAGCCUCCUCCUAUUGAUCCUAAUGCUUUCUCUUCAUUUCGACCAUCGCCAAAGCUGAUGAUUGACGGUUUUGGAAACAAUACUAGUACUAAUCAUCAUCUUCCUUCCUAUUCUUACCAUGCUUUCCAGCAGGUAGCUCAGAAUUCAGGCCUCCAAUCAUUCCAAUUACCGCCGCCUAGUAGUACUGUUGCUGCUGCUCAUAAUAUGUUCUCUUCAUUUCAACAUCUACCUAAUCUCAAUGAUCAUCAUAACUCAUUAUACUUCCAUUCAUUCCAAUUUGCGCCUCGUUCAUCUUCUUAUGCUGCUGCUGCUACUACUCGGGUGCCUCAUAAUUCAUUUCAAUUUGGGCCACAUCAUAAUCUUCCUUCAUCUUCUAAUGCUGAUGCUGCUGCUGCUGAUGCUUUUCCAGUGGAUCGUAAUCAUCCAGACCUCCUCCCUUCAUUCCAGUAUAAGCCUCCUAGUCCUAUUGUUGACGACAAUAGUUUCUCUUCAUUACAGCAACCACUUGAUCAGAUUAUUGAAAAUAUUGAUCAUGGUCUUACUUCCUCUUCUAAUGAUCCUUUUGAGAUGGCUCCUAUUGUUGACAAUACUUUGUCUUCAUUAAAUCAACCACUUCAUCAAAAUUUGCCAUCAUCAUCUUCUAAGAAUUAUUUUCCAGAGCUCCCUUCAAUCCAACCUCAAGAUCCUUUUCAUUUGCCACAAUUCGACAAUCUUUCCCAAUCACCCGCAACCCAAAAUCUACAGUCAAAUUGUAUGCCUAGUCGAAAGAGAACCCACGAUGAUCAAAUGUCAACUUCACAAGAGGAGCAUGCAUUAUUGGGAAAGAACUAUUCUGGAGAUACAUCAAAUAUGUCAAUUAGGGAAAAAAUUCUAAACGAAGAAUUACUCGACUCUUUUGCUUUUGGUCAUAACUCGGUGCUUAAUGAAGACGACAAGAUGAGGUCUCCGUUUUUCUCUAAAUAUCUUAUGAAUCCGAGAAAACAUUGGAGUGGAUUGUGA